UCUGCAGCAGGUUUUUCAUGGAGAAGCAGCAGCCAGUUCUAUAGGCAAUUGUGAAGAAGAGAGCGGCUCAUUAAAUCUCACUAAAUUCCAGGUUGCCCACUCACCCUCUGUCUACAGAGCUAUUGUUCUUCAUACAUGGAGAAAGCAGGUGGGGAGCUGGGGGCAGUUGGUCUGUGUGUUUCCUGUAUCACUUUGUCUGCACACAGGCUGCUUCCAUCCCUCUCUGUUCUCUGUGACUGCUUUUUGUGAUGAAGAACUUGAGGACUCUGCACAAAAAGGAGUGAAGGGAUAAAUGCAAUAUAAAAAAAAAUGGAUAGGAGGAUAACUGCUGCAUAUAAAGAUGAGAUCUCUUUUUCUGGAUUGAAAUAAAAUGAAAACACUUUUUUGUGUUAUGAUAGAAUUCACCUUUGCGUAUCUAAGGGGUAUUGAUUUUUGCCCUCAUAUAUUAGAUGGUUAAAAGAGGUAAUUUAAAGACAUCACAGACCACAGAGUGUGUGACUGGGAUAAAAAAAACAAACAGAUUUGCUCCUGGCAAUAAUUUUAUGGCAAAUUUAAAACCUGAGUAGAAUGCAUCAUUUUCAUUUCUCAGGCUAUGAUAUGAAAUGUUAAGUAUACUCUUAUGUGGAAUACCACUUGAGAUAGUAAGCAGAUGACAGGGGACUGUGUACCAACAACACAGAAUGAUGAACAGCCAUGUUUUAAGGAUGUGCUUAUCACUUUAAAUCUCUUAUUUUCUUUCUUUUUUUUUCCUUUGUACUGGCAGGUAUGGAAGGGAAAUAUAAUGAAUUUUUGAUUAGUAGUUCUGUUGUUUUUGAAGAACAAUGAGAUGUCUCAGAUGUUUCUUAUAAAGUGAGGGUCUGGGGGGGAAAAUAGAGAUCAAUAAUGCUCAGAAGGUAAAAAUUAUGAGUCUAAUGCAAUACAUUUCAAAAGGGAAUAUUUCAGUUGACCCAAGGAUCUUUUCCUGAGUCCAAAAACAUACACUGUUGCAGUUUAGUUGACUUUUCUUUGUCUCUGCCCAAUAGAUACGAGUUCAAUUUUUGUGUCUUGGUUAUUAGAAAUGGGGAAUAAAGAACGAUACCUAAUAUCCUUCAUGUAUUAGUAGAAGGAGACACUCUCAGCUCCAAGGUUUCAUCUCAGUAAAACUACUUUUUGGGAUUGGUGGUCUCAGAAGAAAGACUGAGGACUGAAUAAGGUCCUGAUCCAGGAGUCAAACCCAUGCAGACAGACCCCUACACCUGCACAGAGUUCCACUGAAGAAUCACCACCAAGAACCAGGCAGCAUUGCCACGAGUCAAGGCUUGCUGAAGGGGCAAUGGCGGGGAGCAAGCAGCUGGAACAAACAAGUAAAAGCAUUGACUCAAGUGCCCACAUGAUCACCACCGCCAGGGUACCUGCUGAUAAACCAGUACGAAUUGCCUUCAGCCUGAAUGAAUCCCCAGAUGAUGCUUCCUCUGAAAACUUCCCUCUGACAUUUCCAGAACUAGAUCAGCAGCUGCAGCCACUGCCUCCUUGUCAUGACUCUAAAGAAUCUAUGCAGGUGUACAAACAGCACUGCAAAAUAGCAGAAGAGUACCAUGAGGUCAAGAAAGAAAUUGCGCUGCUGGAAGAAAGAAAAAAGGAGCUGAUUGCCAGGCUGGAACAAGUGGAAAAAGAAAGCAUGGAUGCUGCUCAGCUGGCCAAGGAGUAUGCAGAACUGACAGAGGAGAACCGAACACUGAAGCUGGCCCAGACACAGUGUGUAGAGCAACUGGAAAAGCUCAGAAUACAGUACCAAAAGAGACAGGGGUCCUCAUAACUCUCAAUUAGUUUAUGUGAGGCAGUUAAUACAGGAUUGGUCCUGUGCUGGAAAGAGAUUUUAAAAUAAAGGUCUGUUUAAUAUGUUAUAAUACUUUACUACAGAUACAGAGUAUGUAGAAGUCUAUAUUUGAUUUAAUGCUUGCCAUCCAGUAGCUUAAUAUAAUGGAUAUUUCAUCCAUUAUAUAAUGGAUAUUUUAUUUCAAGUAACAUAAUUGAAGUUAAUCUAUCCCCAUUAUAUGUUCUAGUAGAUCAAGUUUCUUUUCUAAACAUAUUUCUUCCAAUUUAAGAAGAUAUGGACACACUAGAAAAUGAUAUAAAUAGUCUCUGUGUUGGAAAUUUGGACCAUACUAAGGCAUACAACAAGGACAAUGUUAAUAUAUGAAAUACAUGUAUGUUAAUUUUAGUUUGGUGAAGAUUUUUUUAAUUAUUUUCCUCAUGCCUGAAAUGUUUGGAAGUUAUAUUAAAACAGGUCUCCUCACUGGUAAAAACUAUACUUCAUUAUCCCAUGUCAGCUUUACAUUGCUGUGUAAAAUCUCAGGAAUUGCACGUUAAGAAUUGAAGUAACAUAAUUAUUUUUAUCAAAUGCAUGUACUGACAGUAAUAAUUUGCAAGUAAUGAAAUUAGAAGGAAACUAAUGAGGUCAGAAAUUCUUUCCUUGAGCAUAAAGGUAGCCGAGAGUCUUUUUAUUGUACUUUUGGGCAUGCAAGAAAUUAACAUAAGAAUACUACCAUCAUAGUUUCAAGUGAGAAUAUGUCUGCAAAAAUACUGUGAGGAUGUUUUGUUCUUAUUUUAUGGCCUGUUUUGAAACAUAAAUGGCUGUAAGUAGGGACAGGAGUUCUAUCAUAUACAAAUAACCUGGAAGUAAAAUGUUAAUCUUAUUUGCUCUGUUUAUCCCUGUAUUUUCUUAGAUCAACUGAAAUUUCUUUGUUAUACUUCCAUUUCUAUUCAUACAGUAUUUUUUUCAUUAAAAGUGGAUAUGGAAAAGCCA